CGCGGACACGCGAGCGGCGCGCGGCGCGUUUCCUCAUCCGUCGGUCCGUGACGCGAUGCUGAUCGCAUCCAACGUCUGUAUCAAUAUAAUGAGCACAUGGAAAUUGAUACAGCGACGGUGUUACGAUCUGCUCUCGUACAAGUACUCCCUGCUCGUGAUCCUGUUGGCGUUCACUUGCAUAUUUAUCGGCAUAAUACACUUCGGAGAGGUGUGGUUGACAUGGAGCAAGGAGAAGUACGAGGCGGUCUUCCACUCCUUCAACGACAAUAUCCUCGGGGUUUCCUUCCAGAGGAAACUCUGCCAGCAUGUCCCGAUAGACGUGGUUUACACGUGGGUAAACGGAUCCGAUCCGUUGUUCUUGGAGAGCCUCCGCAGACACAUCCCGGUCGUGCCUCUCAGCGCUGCCGCUUCGAGAUUCAAUGACAAGGACGAGCUGCGCUACUCACUGAGGUCGUUGGAGAUGUACGCGCCCUGGGUACGGCACGUUUACAUCGUCACCAACGGCCAGAUACCGAGCUGGCUCGACAUGGAUAAUCCACGGGUGACCUUGGUCACUCACGAAGAUAUUUUUCUGAAUAAAAGUGAUUUACCAACUUUUUCUAGUCCUGCUAUUGAAAGUCAUAUUCAUAGGAUACCUGGGAUAUCGGACAAAUUUUUGUAUUUCAACGACGACGUUAUGCUGGGCGCCGAGAUAUGGCCGGAGGAUUUCGUCACUCAAGCGGGUGGGCAGAAGAUGUAUCUGGCUUGGUGGGUUCCUGAUUGCUCCGAGGUUUGUCCGUGGGCGUGGGUGGGCGACGGGUCGUGUGACCACGCUUGCAACACCACCCUGUGCGAAUUCGACGGUGGAGAUUGUCAGACCACCGCGAUCCCCUUCGACAGCGAAGCGAUGGAGGAGGAAAACGACUACCCGUACAAGUAUCUGCAAGACUCCCGCGAGGUCAGCAAUAACGGGCUGAAGUUGUUGGACAUCUUGCGCAAUAAGAACAGCCGCGGUCUAACGCGGUGGGACAACACGGAGGCGUCCACGAUUCCAGCAUUGCUCGCGCGUAAUCUCAGUACCUUCGAGUCGGACGGCCUCGAGGCUGCCGAUUCGCCGAAAUUACGGCUACUACGCGACGUACGACCUGACGACGGAGAUGACGGUGGGCCCGCGAAGAAUUCUCCCAUGUAUCCUAAACCGCCGCGUAGAAGCGUCUCGAGCAACAAGAGUCGCACAGUCGAGCAGUCGGCGAAGCGGAGCCAUCCGAACGACGACAUCGUGAACCCGGCGCGCGCCAACGGUUCCGCGAAGUUCGGCAAGUUCGCCUACCCCAAUCAGUGGCGGCACAAUGCCCGGGGACUCGACACCUACGCGGAGUCCUUGCUGUACGUCAACAAGAUCUACAACCGAGUCUACGGACUCGAACGGAGGCGAGUGCCGGCGCACAUGCCGCACCUGAUCGACAAGUGGGUGGUGGCGAGCAUGCAGCAGAAAUUCGAGGCCGAGUUCAGGAAGACCUCUAGUCACCGUGUGAGAGACCCGGAGGACAUGCAGUUCGCGUUCUCUUACUUCUACUUCCUCGCCAGCGAGAAGCGGCGGGUGUCGAUCGAGGAGAUAUUCGACGCGUUCGACACCGACAAGUCGCAGACCUGGUCGGACCGGGAGAUCAGGACGCUCCUGUCGAGACUGUACCCCCUGCCUCUCGACUACAAUCUAGUCAUGGAGUUCGAGAGCGCGAUCACGAACUGCUCGCGUCGCGCGAAUCUGCCGGAGACCGUCCGCGUCCCGCCCGGGGAGAGAUACCUGGACUCGACUCUCCCGGUAGUUUCUAAGGAACUGAUAUCGAACUGCGAGACGGUCUCUAGGAGAAUGCGCUCAAGGUUCGGCGUGAGCAGCCGGUACCCGCACGAGGUAAUCAAAGCCGGCAAGAACGAGAUCUUCGAGAUGUUGACGAGCAACGUCUCGUUGACGGUGCAGCUGCUCGAUGAGAUCCGACGAGAUCCCAAGAAGUUCAUUUGCUUGAACGACGACAUGGAUCCCAGCCGGCGGUCCGAGAACGAGAUCGUUCGCGCUCUGCUGAACGACUUCUAUCGUUCCCUGUAUCCGUUGCGCAGCACCUUCGAGUUGCCGGUGCAAUAUCGGAAUCGUUUCUCCCACCGGCACGAGCUGCUCGAGUGGAAGGCGAGUCGCGCCAAGGCCCGGAACUUGCUUCUGUGCCUAGUAACUCUGCUGCUCGCUCUCACGUUCUAUCACGUGCUCUCUCAUCAUAUGCGGAGGUUGUGCAGAAUUCGCGAGUUACCCACGCUCCUCGUGUGAGGGAUCUUCGACAUGAUAUAAGGAAUGAAUCACAAAUAUUAGUCAAAUAUUACGGUUAAACGUUUCUCAAUCGGACAGGAUCAGGAGGCGGAAGGGGGCUCUUUAUCCGGUAAGAACUUCCAGUGAGUCGUUUUCUAAAAUUAGAUAAGAUGAUAUUACCUCUGUGAUACUGCGGGCGAACAGUUUUUGUAAUUACAUUUUAAUAAAGAGUUCGAUUCUAAGCGGAAA